AUGCUGGCAGCAUUCAUCGCGGCGUUCCCGCACCAGAAAUCUCACUGGAACGUGCCGAAGGUGCACCAGAUUGUGCACCUGAUCAACGGCAUCCCUUUGCGUGGGUUGCCGCAUGAGACCUCCACCAACUUGUGGGAGCACACACACAAGGGCACUGUGAAGGUGCCGGUCAGAGGGAGCAACUGGAAGGACAUUCCGCGCCGCAUAGUCGAGGAGGAGGUGCAGCGUGAGCUCGACCGGGAGGUGUCCGCGGACGCAGGUGGCGGCAGGCAGUACGUCACGGCACUGCGCGAGGCUGUGAGGCUACGCAAUCCCGUCAUGACGAAGAAGUCCCGUGCAGCUCAGGUGGACGAGGAUCUGGACGGGGUGAUGUGGGUGUAUCACGAGACACAUGGGUCAGACAUGGACCCUUUAGCUAGGUGCAUGAGGGCUGCUGGCCUGGCAUCUAUGGCCAUACAGACUGUGCUCCACCCAGCCAAAGGUGGUGAGUCGCACCUAAAACCAUCCCGUAUGGUUGACCGUCCUACGCAGGUGCACACCGCCGUGGCGAUUCCUCGAACCCGGUGGGGAGAGCUCGUGCCCAAGGGCACGUUUAUGAAGGCAAGCCCGGCUGAGAAGUGGUUUUCUGACGUGGCCGUGCUCUCUCGACAGGGAGGAGAGUGGUAUGCAAGGUGCCUAUGCAUCUUCCGGGCAAAGGGGGCAGAUGGAGAGAUGGGCCGGCACGUGUACGUGAAGUACUACGAGACCGAGGGCACGUGCCCGAUGACAACGUGCAUGCAGCCGACUCCCGGCCGCGUGAGGACACGAUAUGCUGUGGUGGCUGUGGAGUGCAUCCAUAGGGUCCUAUGUGAACAAGCGUGUCAUGCUUCUUAA